GCGAGAGAGAGAGAGAGAGAUGCUGCACCUGCAGCUGAUCACCUGAAUGUGUCAUUUCCAGAACGUCAACAGGGCAAGAAAAAGAAAGCGCAUAAAAGGAGUUAUAUAGCCUGAAAAGAUGGUGGGACAGGUGAACAACUGAAAGUAUCUUCUUCAGCCGUUCACAGAUCAGCUCAUCGUCAACUAGGUCAGACUUCCGGUCUCUGUGGGUGCCAUGGCUGACCCUAGCUGGUGGAAACUGACCUUCACACGCAAAAAGAAAACUGAGGCAAAGGUGCUGUACGAGAUCCCAGCAGAGUAUGGCAGUAAUACUGGGAAAAAGGAACACAGCAGUGGCAGUCCCGCUCCGUGCACGGACCCUAUGGACAGCCAAUUCAAUGCCAGGCUUGAGAAGAUAGUGGAUAAAUCUGCCGCCAAGGGCCGCCACGUCAAGGUCUCCCACUCCGGGCGUUUCAAGGAGAAGAAGAAGAUUCGCGCCUCGCUGGCAGAGAACCCCAAUUUUUUCCCUGAGCACAACCUCAGUAAUGAGAACCAUAAGAGCAACAAACAGACUGACAAAUAGCAUACACUCAUGCACACACACACACACACACACACACACACACGUUUAAACACACAAGAUGUAUACAAGCGACACACUUAUAAUAAACGUUUAGAGGAGGGCUGAAAAUUACACAAGCACAGCUAAAUUUGCAGUGAAUCUGCAAUCUCACAAGGUAGUUUAAACACCAAUGAUGAUGAUGAUGACUAAGAACCACGCCUGGACAGAUAGGCUACCAGUAGUCACACUCACAACCACACCCAUACAAACACAUGGUAUCAGUAGACAACCAUGUGACGUUCAGAGGUGAGGGGAGGAUUAGGCAAAAGACUGGAGGGAGGUCUAUUUCAUGAUGAGAUGCACUGUUUAAAGGAAAGACUUCUCUUGGGGGGAAAAAAAGAACUUGGUGUAUAUAAAAAAAAAUUGCUUUGGAAGAAGUCUCAAGUUUGUAUUAUUGAAACAUUUGCCAUCCAUCUUUGCCUCACCGAAUACUAAUUUAUAUGAUUUUGAAUUAUUGUGUAAGUGUAGCGAUUGACUUGGGGAUUACAGAUAAUUAAUUUUCAGCUGCAAGUAGAAUUGAAAAACUUCUCCAGGGGAAAAGAUAAAAUUAGUGCUGGGUCAGAAUAUAGAGGCAUAAGAAACGUAUAAUAUGGUUUUUUUUUCAAACAGUUUGUAUGACAAAAGCACAAGAAAACACAUGUAUGUGAUAACUGUCUUUGAAACAGAAACAUAUGGCUACUCCACUGUUGUGGUAAAUGUAUAAUUAAAACAUGCUGUUUAUAUCCUCAAAGAUGAUACUUUCCAAAAUUCUGGGAUGAAACUUUUGUUUUUAAUAAAUGAAUUAACGAGA